CACCAGCCUUUAUAAAUUCCCCCCCUUACAUCCGCCUUGCAUGCGCUGAGCUUUAUAAACAAAGGCAAACCUUCUUCCCUUUUAAAAGACGGGUAGUUCUAGUUGACUUUUUGUGUUUGCUGUUUGAUUCGGGACAAUUAGAAGUUGAAGCAACAGGCUUUGCAGGUAUCUGAAAUGGAUGAGAUCCAAGUUGAGUCCAAACCCCUGUUGGUUGACAGAGAACUACCGGGCCUGAGAGAGGCUGUGCAGCAACUUGUUGUCAAGGAGCAUGAUGUUGAGACUCCUUAUGGAAGACUCCAUUGCACAAUGAAGGGGGCUCCCAAAGGAGACAGACCAGUCAUCCUUACUUUCCAUGACAUCGGCCUGAACCACAAGACCUGUUGGGACGCGCUCUUUAACCAUGAGGACAUGGCAGAGAUCAUGCAGCAUUUUGCUGUUUGUCAUGUCGAUGCCUUCGGGCAACAUGAAGGAGCUAACACCUUUUCCACUGGGUAUGAGUACCCCUCUAUGGACCAGCUGGCUGAUACCCUCCCAUUGGUGCUCAAGCACUUUGGUCUGAAGAGCGUCAUUGGAAUGGGCAUUGGAGCCGGCGCCUACAUACUGACCCGAUUUGCUCUGGACUAUCCGAAUAUGAUGGAAGGUGUCAUGCUGAUCAACAUCAACCCAUGUGCUGAGGGAUGGAUGGACUGGGCUGCCCACAAGAUCAGUGGCUGGACCCAUGCUGAGCCUGAUAUGAUUAUCUCCCACCUCUUUGGAAAGGAGGAGAUCGGCCACAACCAUGAACUGAUUGGUAGAUACCGCCACCAUAUCUUAAACGACAUGAACCAGUUCAACCUUCAUCUCUUCGUCAAGUCCUAUGAAAGCCGGAGGGAUCUGGAUAUUGAGAGGCCGGUACCUGGAAUUAAUGCCAGAACUCUUAAGUGUCCUUCUCUGCUAGUGGUUGGGGACAAUUCUCCUGCUGUGGAUGCUGUGGUUGAGUGCAACACUAAGCUAGACCCAACCAAAACAACCCUUCUUAAGAUGGCGGAUUGUGGUGGCAUGCCCCAAAUCGAUCAGCCUGCAAAGCUGACGGAAGCUUUCAAGUACUUCAUUCAGGGAAUGGGACACAUGCCUGCUGCCAGCAUGACCCGCCUGGCCCGCUCUCGCACCGCUUCUGGCUCCAGCUACACCUCCGACGGCAACCGCUCACGCUCCCACACCCACGAUGGCAACCGCUCUCGCUCGCACACCAACGAAGGGAGUCGCAGCCGCAGCCACACAACUGAACACGGCCACACCGACGGCACGGCCAACAACAACGUAGACCAGUCUGCGCCCAAGUCCACUGAAAUCUCCUGCUAAAUUGUCCCCUCCCCCCUGUUGGUGCAGACAACACAAACCUCUUAAGGUCCCGUCAUGUUGUGCUGCGCUGCCUCUUAAUCAAACGCAUACACAUAUUCAGAGAGGGACACUAAAAUGGCUUAAUGGGAUAUGUACAAAAAAAAAUA